AUGUGUGAUCCGAUAAACCAGCCUACUUCCGUGGAGUCUUCAGCCUUGGCUACGUCGGCAAGCUUAAGCACUGCAAGUUCUGCUGGUGUCACCAUACUGCUCCAAACCCUUCGAGCCUGGGCGGAAAGUGAGACCGAACGGCAAUUGGUUCGUGUGCUUCUUGAUGGCGGAAGCCAAAGAUCAUUUAUCAAGCAAUCACUCUCGAAGAAACUCAACUGUCAACCAGUAGGGGAGGAACAAAUAUCGCUGUACACAUUUGGAACGGAAUGCGCCAGGCAGAGGAAGUGUCGUCGGGUUCAGAUUUGUCUCCGAAGUCAGUACGACAGAAGUGAGCUACGUAUAGAAGCAUUGGAAAUGCCCGAUAUUUGUAACGACGUAAUGCAACUACCAAGCACGGAUUUGGUUUCCAACCUUCAUCGGGCCGGAAUGCGUGUGGGUGACCUUUCUGUUGGAAACGUUCAUUGUGAGCCUGGCAUCUGUAUACUUGUAGGCGCCGACUAUUACUGGCGGACCGUUACUGGCGAGAUACAGCACAUCAGCGAGGACCUGGUAGCGGCAAACACUGUUUUUGGAUGGACAGUACAGGGCCCAUCGUCUUCAAGUUCAACUACAAUAUGUACGAACGUAGGAGUCAUGCGGGUAAACGUCGAGUCUCAAGAAACGGAAUUGUGCAAUGAAUUACGGAAAUUUUGGGACUUGGAACAUAUCGGGAUUCAGACGGACAGUAACCCGACGCAUCAGGACGCCGUGUUCAAGUCGACCAUGAAGAACGUGAGCGGCAGAUAUCAGGUCGCACUGCCGUGGAAGACUGUGCACCCGUAUUUACCGUCAAACGAAGAAGUCGCAAGGAAGAGGCUCUUUUCUUUAACGAAACAAAUUACCAAGAAUGAACACAUGGCUGCCGAGUAUGACAAGGCGAUCAGACAGUAUUUAGAUGAUGGUCAUGCAGAAAAGGUUCUUCUCCCUCAUGAAGUGGAUGGGCCAACAUAUUACAUGCCCCACCAUGCCGUUGUCAAGCACGAAAGGGAAACCACCAAAAUGCGCAUCGUUUUCGAUGCCUCUUCCAGUGCUCCCGGUUGUCCCUCGUUGAACGACGUUUUGGAUUCUGGACCAAACCUUAAUCCUGACUUGCUGGCAGUACUAAUGAGGUUCCGAAAACAACGAAUUGGGGUCGUUGCUGACAUUGAGAAGGCUUUUCUCCAGAUUUCCUUGAACAAGACUGAUCGUGACGCCUUUCGGUUUUUUUGGUAUGCUGCGACGCCGAAACGUGAUGUCACCGAACGAGAAAUUGAGGUCUGGAGGAUGACCCGUGUCCCAUUUGGAGCCUCAUCCAGUCCCUUCAUUAUGGCUGCUACGCUUCGUUGUCAUUUUGAGAGUACUUCUUCGGCAGAUCCAUCUCUGAAGUCCCUGUGUGAGACGUUGAACGAGAGUUUCUACGUCGACGAUUUGGUGACGAGCGUUGCCACACGGAAUGAAGGGGAGCGGUUUUCCAGAGAUGCUAACGAGGUCGUCAGGACAGCUGGAAUGAAGCUACGAAAGUGGACGACGAACUCGCCGGAUCUACAGAGUGAGUUCAGGAGAAGCAGCGAACAAGACGCGGAGGCUAAUUCUCAUUACAAGUCAAAAAAGGUUUUAGGACUCAGCUGGAACACCGCAACGGACACACUUCUGCUUUCCAUGGACUCUCUUGUGAAAUUCAUCACCUACAAGACGGACACCAAGCGCUGCCUGCUGCAAGCAACCGCAAGAAUUUUUUAUCCUUUGGGGUUCCUUGCACCAUACACUAUCAAGGCGAAGAUUCUUUUCCAACGAGUAUGGGAGCAAGGACUCGGAUGGGAUGAUCUACUGCCAGAUGAUCUCCUGUCUGAAUGGCUGCGGUGGACGAAAGGGAUCCCGGACGUUGCUCAAAUAGCCGUACCCAGAGCACUUAUAACCGAGGGACCAACAGCGAAGCACUCUGUGCAUUGCUUUUGUGACGCUAGUAUUCAAGCAUACGGCGCCGUUGUGUACCUGAGGACGGAAACGGAUGCCGGCACUGUCAACGUGAAGAUUAUAGCUGCUAAGGCUAGAGUAGCCCCGCUGAAGCGCGUUACGUUGCCACGUUUGGAGCUCCUUGCAGCGCUGAUCGGAGCGCGGCUAACUCACUACAUUGUCGGUGCACUCCACGUUGAACGCUUCCCUGCGAUAUUUUGGAGCGAUUCGAGUGUAGCGCUCUGCUGGAUCAAGGCCAAUGCAAGUCGAUGGAAACCCUUCGUUGCAAACAGAGUAGUAGAAAUACAAGGCCUUUGCGAUCCCUCUACAUGGCACUACUGUCCAGGGGAACAAAAUCCUGCCGACCUACUCACGCGAGGUGUUUUACCCAGGCAACUGCAAAACAAUGAAUUUUGGUGGACUGGACCAAAAUGGUUGUCAUCCAUUGACAUGGUCGGCUCGGUACCAGAGCCCAGAGCUCCUGGAACACCCACAGACAUCGUCAAUACUGAAGCGAAGGCAGUGGAAGUUACAGUUGCGGUUGUAAAGGGGGAUCAAUGUGCUCUCUUCGACCUCACCAAGCAUAGUUCCUUUCUUCGUGUACUACGGAUAACAGCGUGGAUCAAACGGUUUAUUUUGAAUUGUCAACGACCACAUGAAAAGGUAUCUGGGCCUCUCCUUACUGAAGAAAUAAAUGAGGCAGAAAAGUACUGGAUUCGUCAGGUUCAACGUGAAUGUUUCUCAGACGAAUACGAAGUCCUGGCCAGUAACGGUGGAAGGAUAUCCUCAACUUCUCCGCUCCUUAAACUAUCCCCCUACUUGGAUCAAGAUGGAAUCCUUCGUUUGAAAGGAAGACUUCAAGAGAGCGACGGAUAUGCAUCGCAGAAGCAACCGAUUAUUUUACCGAAACAUCACGACUUCACAAAGAAGUUAAUAAUGCGUACGCAUCUUCGUUUGCUUCAUGGAGGUGUACGAGACACGCUUGUUGAGCUACGUGAGACAUACUGGGUCAUCAGUGGUAGACAAGCGGUGAAGGCUAUGCUUCAUCGUUGCCUGACGUGUCAAAAGUGGCGCGCGAAGCCUGCGGAAGAGCCAAUGGCACCACUCCCGAGGGAUCGAGUUACCAAGGACGAACCUUUUUCAGUGGUGGGAGUUGAUUUUGCCGGGCCUCUCUACUACAAGGGUGCUACCACUGAUUGCAAGUCCUACAUAGUAGUGUUUACCUGCGCCAUCACGAGAGCUGUUCACUUGGAAAUCGUCACGGACCUGAGCACGGCGACAUUUCUGCUAGCUUUUCGGAGGUUCGUGUCAAGAAGGGGUGUCUGUCAUACAGUUUAUUCGGACAACGCCCUGACCUUCAAACGCGCAUCUAAAGAUCUUCGGCAGUUAUGGAGCUCACUUCGUAGCGAAGAAGCCAAAAAUUAUUUCUCCAGCAUUCGACUUCAUUGGAAAUUCAUUGUGGAAAAGGCUGCAUGGUGGGGAGGAUUCUACGAGAGAAUGGUGCGGUCGGUCAAGACAUCUCUUCGAAAGGUUCUUGGAAGGAGCAGUUUAACACUUCCUGAACUCACCACAGUGCUCACCGAAACUGAAGCGACUAUCAACUCCCGACCGAUUACUUUCGUCUAUGCGGAAUCAGAGGAGCAGGAGCCAUUGACACCGUCGCACCUUUUAAUUGGAAAACGGCUGACUCGACUGCCACCCUUCGUCACUUCAGCGCAGUUGCCUACUGGAACUCAGCAGCGACUGCAGAGGGCAAUGCGGUACCGCGAGUCGCUACUGGAACGGUUUUGGCGACGGUGGCGGAGUGACUACUUACAGGAACUACGGACUGCUCAUUGGCAACGCGUUUCAGGCUCAACUGGCUUACAGACCGACACAUUGGUUCUCCUGAAGGAAGAUAUGGUCCCUCGCGGCCUAUGGAAGAUCUGUCGAAUCGUAAAGACGUUUCCAGGUAGAGACGGACAUGUCCGUUCAUGGGUCGUGCAACUUCCGACCGGUGGAACUUUAAGGCGUGCAAUACAGCACUUGUUCCCAUUGGAGAUCCAAGAAUGA